AUGGCACAGAAUAAUCAAACUUCGGGAGUACACAAGCCCCGCAAGUCUUUGAUUCUCAAUGCUUUCGUUGAAAUGUGCAGCGGGCAUCAAUCCCCAGGACUGUGGCGUCAUCCAGAGGACGAAUCCCACCGAUUUAAUGAUAUUGAUCACUGGGUUGAGCUCGCGCAGUUGCUCGAAUCCGCUAAAUUCCAUGGGAUUUUCAUCGCAGAUGUUCUAGGAGGCUAUGAUGUCUAUAAAGGUCCUCGAAAUCUGGACCCUGCAGUCAUUGCGGGCGCGCAAUGGCCAGUCAACGAACCGCUUGCCGUGGUGCCCGCCAUGGCGGCUGCGACCAAGAAUAUUGGCUUCGGAGUGACCGUAACUACGACCUAUGAACAGCCGUAUCAUUUGGCAAGGAGACUUUCGACGGUGGACCAUCUUACCAAGGGCCGCCUUGGAUGGAAUGUGGUAACCGGCUAUCUUGACUCGGCAGCCCGGAACAUGGGCCAGGCUGAACAGCCACACCACGAUGACCGAUAUGCCGUGGCCGAAGAAUACAUCAAAGUGACCUACAAGCUAUGGGAGUCCUCCUGGCGCCAGGAUGCCGUCGUGCUCGACCGCGAGCGUGGCAUCUAUACAGAUCCCGCACGCGUGCGCCAGAUCAAUCACGAGGGCAAAUACUUCAAUGUGCCGGGCCCGCAUAUUUGCCAGCCCAGUCCGCAGCGGACACCCGUCAUCUUGCAGGCCGGCACGUCCAAGGCCGGAAAAACAUUCGCUGCGCAGCAUGCUGAGGCUAUCUUCGUGGCCGGACAUAGCCCGUCCGUCGUGGCUAAGAAUGUCGCUGAGAUUCGACAGCUCGCCCAGAGGGAGUUUGGACGUGACCCGCAGAGCAUCAAGUUCUUGGCUCUGCUAUGCCCGGUUCUGGGAAGGACAGAGGAAGAAGCAAUCGAGAAAUUUAAACACUAUCGCAGUCUGGGGUCGAUCGACGGAGCGUUGGCGCUCUUUGGUGGGUGGACCGGUAUUGAUCUAAACAAGUAUGGCGAUGAUGAGGAGCUGCGCCACGUCGAGAGCAAUGCGAUCCGAUCUGCCGUAGAAGGCUGGUCCAAAGCCACCCCCGAAGUCGCAAAAUGGACCAAGACCACCGUGGGCCAGCACAUCACCGUUGGGGGACUGGGCGCGACUCCUGUGGGUACGCCGACACAAGUUGCUGAUAAUAUGGAGCGCUGGGUUCGGGAGGCAGAUGUGGACGGAUUUAACCUGGCCUAUGCCAUCAAGCCCGGUUCCUUCAAGGACAUCAUUGACCUCCUCAUUCCCGAAUUGCGCCGGCGCAACCUCUUCUGGGACGACUAUUCUGUCCAAAAGGGAACCUAUCGUGAGAACCUAUACUCCCAGGCGGGACAGUCGGGCCCGCGGGACGACCAUCCUGCCUCUAGAUACCGAUGGCAUGCGGGAGUCGAUGCAGCAGACCACCCCGUCCCUGAGAACUAA